ACACCAUCAUAGCCAUAGAAAAUGGGGUUUUAACUCAUGAGGCCGUAAGCACCCUGCAACCAAGAAUGACCACUUUCUCUCAUGUUUUAACAACGGAUCUCUGCUUGAUGGUCUCAACGUGACCUCUAUCGCCGACCAUGGGGUUUUCCUUGCAUAGGGUUUAUCGCGAUACUUCGAUAUCCACGGCAACUCUGGAUGAUCCCACCGCUGCCACCGAAAUGAUAUCAACAAACUACACUUUGGACUAUGACGAUGGCUUUAUUAUGACCUUAUCCGGUAAGGUCCUGGUAGGAAUCGUAUGUGGAAUACUCCUCUUGGUUGUCCUUGUGGGAAACACCUUCGUGGUUGUUGCAGUUGCCAAGUUCAGGAGACUGAGGACUCCAGCAAACGCUCUCCUCUUGAAUUUGGCCAUCGCUGAUGUCACUGUAUCAGUCUUCGUCAUGACCUUCUCUACGAUGAGACUACUAAGCGAUGGUCAUUGGUUACUGGGAUCCUUCAUGUGUAAGUUUUGGAUGUCCAUGGACGUGCUUUGCUGUACGGCGUCUAUACUUACUCUCUGUAUGAUAUCAUUAGACAAAUAUUGGGCAAUCACACGUCCUCUCUCGUACCAUAGUGAUAUGUCAUGGAGGAGAACUGGUUACAUGGUAACUUUUGUUUGGGGUUGUUCAGGUAUUAUUUCUUUCGUGCCGAUCUUCACGGGACUUUAUGCCAAAGACAGAUCAAAUAUCUCCACGGACGACAUUUGCGGGGUGAACUUCUCUGUAAAUAGGUACUACGCUGUCGUAUCGAGUAUGACAUCUUUCUACGUACCUCUUGCGGUAAUGAUAUUCACCUACUGUCACAUUUAUUUCAUCGCUCGAUCGCAAGCCAUUCGAAUCAAAGAAGAGAUGAAUAGAACAGAAUAUCUGGGAAGAACGUCCCCUCCACAAUCUAUGAGGGCGCCAAUACCUUCUAAUAAAACGACUGAAAACGGUGAGCAACCUCCUGCUGAACCGAAUAGGAGGCGGUCAAGGUCUAUAACGCGUGAAUACAAAGCUGUCCGAACUCUAGGACUAAUUAUGGGGUGUUUCAUUCUAUCAUGGUUACCUUUUUUUCUAAUGUACCUCAUUAUGAACUUCUGUACAUCAUGCCAUCUUUCCUUCCACGCGGAGAACGCCAUCACGUGGCUUGGUUAUGCCAACAGCCUCAUGAACCCACUCAUUUACAAUUUUCGGAAUCGCGACUUUCGUUAUGCCUUCCGUGUCAUCGCGCAUAGGAUCCUCAAGGCUAUCACGUUUGGCUACUUGGACAACAAGAAGGGGGUGUUCCCCAAGAAUGCAUCGUCGCACCAUCGCUUUUCUACGUCGUCCAACGGCCAUCCGAACGGAAGCCCCCUUCUUUGCGCUAGCGGUAUCAAGCUGAACCUCAUGAAGCGCCAUUCGGAAGGCAGAGGUUCGCGAGGUGGAAAUGGUGGGGAGAAUGAGAUGCCUUGCCAGAUUUUACCGGAAGAUGAAAUUUUAAAUUGUUCUCCCGAUCAAGGAGAAGAAGGCGAGAAAGUGACAUUCCGUGAAGAAGAUGGAAGUGACCACUCUGUAUGAAUAAUUCGAUAUUUAAAAAAAACAUCUUAUGAUGUACCAGAGCAGUCAUCAGGUGAAGAAACGUUUAUUUACCAGAAUCUAUAGAAGGUUUAACUGACUGAAGUUAGUUUGUUAUUAUAUAACUCAACAUGCUCAAAUCAUGAAUGAAGGUGUUUGUAUUCAUUGACAGAUGCUUGACUUGAUUUUGGUCCAUCGAUUAUCAAACCAAUUUACGAUGAAAAGACAAACACAAAACGAAAAAUAUCAUUAAUAACCUAUAAAAUGGGCAAUUCUCACAAAUAGAUUGGAUUUUUUCUUGAAUGAAAACUCUAUCUAUUGCCCCAUGUAUGAAGUAUCUAUUCUCAAUUUGAGUGUAUAAUGAGACGAUUAUGUUGGUGUAUCAUGUGCAAUUUUUACCUCUCGUUUUUUUUUUCUUUUAAACAGGCAUGCACAUUAUCAGACAAAAUUAUGUUACCCAUCAUUAUACAUGGGUAUAUUUAUGUUUAAUACAUCGACCAACAGGGUUGCCUCGAUUAUAAAAGCUGCUAACAUGUAAAAUUGUAUAGUUGGUUGCCGUGAUUUGUUUUACUUUGUUUGAGAGAAGCAUCGCAUAAAGUCUCAUUCACUUUAAAAUAAAAUGCUGUAUUUUUUAUUCAGUUUUUGCGGGGAAAAUAGUGUAAAAUAUACGAAACACCCAAUAUUUAACGGUGACUAUAAAAGUCCCAAAAUUUUACGGUAAACUAUAAUAGUUACUGUGGAAAGUCGAGCAGCAGUUCUAGAAUUUUACCCUAUUUUUAAAAGGCAAAUUCCCGGCAUCUUGGGGCUUGAUUUUCCUCUUUAAUGUUUGUAGUUAACCGUAAAAUUGUGAAGGUUUUAUCAUAGUACAGCAUACCGUUAAUAAUUUGGUCUUUUGCAUAUUUUAUGUUAUUUUUCACUUUUAAAUCUGGCCAAAAUUACGAUUUCGCCGUAAAAACACAAUAUUUUUACAGUGUGUUGUGUAAUUAUUGAUUAGAAUUAACCAUGUAUAUUACUGCAAGAACAUACACAAAACUAUGUUUUAUCUAUAUAUUGUGUGAAAUGACGACAUUUACCUCGGAAUAAAAUUCAACAAAAUUUAGUGAGUCAGGUUAAGCCGCUUCCACGGCGCCAGUAGCUAAUUUUGAAUUCGUCCCAUUAUCUACUUAUCUGAUGAAUUCCAUUUGUCUAAUAUUGGUUAUCGAGAUACGUGUUGCUCUACCCAUUAAAACAGCUAUUCUAUUCGAAAAGUGAA